AUUAUUCGCUUUGGGGCUUGAGCCGCUGGGGGCCGCGGUUCCUCUACGAUUAGCGCGCGGAUGGUGGGGUCGGUCGGGUCGGGUCGUGACGGCCAAGCCUCCUCCAAGAGUCCAACGGGUGUCCUGACUCCCUGAUCGUACUAUCUAUCGCAAAAGAAUAUUGACGCCUAGAGUUGGGACUUGGAGUAUUUCCACAGCGGGCUCCCCACGAAUAUAUACACAGUAGUAGGGCCAUAGUUGUCGAGUGCAGGUUGCUCAAUUCUUGCAUAGUUACACAAGGCCAAAGAGAUGGAGAGCAAACCGCCGGCGUAUGACGGCGGAGACGAAAAGCAGCCGCCACCACCAGGUAGCGACUCGAAACUUGAUAUUGCCCAUACACAAUCACAACCGGUCACAACAGCGGCUACUUCUUUUCGGACCAAUUUCGCCAGCGUGUCGCUACAUAUGACUGAUCGGAUUCGCUUUCUGGGUUUCUCUUCGGCAGACGUCACUCGGAUUUAUGAAAUUAUCCAGGGAUGCUGGCCCAAGGGUAUUCAGAGCACCCGAGAAUAUGGCCCAUCAGAUGAAAUCAGGUUACGCGGCAAUCCCUGGAGGCCAUCCGCCUGGUUUGAAGAUGAGAAAACCGCUGCGCGCCGUCUGGUGUGCGGAUUGUUACGAGGCCUGUAUGAUAUGGGAUGGGUGCUGAAGUCUUCGGUGGAUGUACUAAAAAAGGAGGGGAACAAAGAUACCCUUCUUUUUCGCUUUCAGCAGCCUCCGCCCCCGCGAAGUAAUUGGCUGUGCAUCUCCUUUAACAAGUCCGACCUUCUCCAGCUUAUCGAUGCCCCGGAGCCUCUAUGCCAGGCAAUGGUCAACGCCCUGGGCGAUAAAGUGCAGAGAACCCAGUUCCUCGAAUCAUCCUUUGAGAUUAAGUUUCACGGCUAUCCUUGGAAAGCAAGCGGAACCGAGACCGUGGAAACGCGAUUGAUUCUUUUGAACGUGCUAGACUGCCUGGAGCAGUUCGGCUUUACGCUUUAUGCAUCCAUUAACCAAGAUACUAAUCAAAGCGAGCAAAAGACCGAAGCAGAUACAUGGUUUUGCCAGAAACAAACGAAUUGGGCACCGGGAGCUCCGAUAUACCACGGUUAAAUGAAGACAUUAUGAUUCAUUCUUGGAAAUGAGCGUGUUUUUU